UAUCUUGGAUCCUGAUUUCUUGAGCCGCUGCAGGGCGCAAUUCUCAUCCGAUUUGGAAGAAGAUGUUUUGUUAUGACUUUCAAUAACUGUGCUAAGUAUGGAGCAAAUCGGUGCAUAAAUUGAUAUAGCUGCCAUAUAAACCGAUCUGGGAUCUUGACUUCUUGAGCAUCUAGAUGGCGCAAUUCUCGUCCGAUUCGGCAGAAAUUUCGUACAACGGCUUCUUCCAUGACUUUCAACAUGGUCUGAAUCGAUCAAUAGCUUUAUACAGCCCCCAUAUAAACCUAUCUUCCGAUUUUGUUUCUUGAGCCCCUACAAGGAGUAAUUCUUAUCCGAAUGAACUGAAAUGUUACACAAUGACUUUUACAAUGUUCAGCAUUCAUUUAUGGUCCGAAUCGGACUAUUACUUGGUAUAGCUUCAGUAGCAUAACAGUUCUUAUUCAAUAUUCGUUGUUUGCCUAAAAAGAGAUACCGCGCAUAGAACUCGACAGAUCCGAUCCAUGGUGGUAUGGUAUAUAAGAUUCGCCCCGGCCGACCUUAGCACGCUCUUACUUGUUUUCCUUCUUUUAUUUAUAUUUAGAAGAAAAGAAAAUUUAAAUUCUCAAAAUACCUCGGUUUUUGAGGGGUUUUCCAUGAUUUUUCUAUGUACCUCUUUCUUUACAUAUCACUCAUGCAUAGUGUGUGACAAAACGCUGUAACACUGUGCAUUCUCUUAAAAAAUGAGAAUGCUUUUUGACAAAAUGCACCUCCAACAUGACAAAAGGGCCAACGAACAUCAUUGUUACAUAGAAUGUGAAAGUGAAAGGUAGUGUUCCACUCAAGUUGUAGUAGUAUCCCAUAAAGUUUUACCUCAAAUUCGGAUAACAGGAAAAAUCUAUCAUCAUUGCACACACGUCCUGGACAAAUUUAUCAAUACCACCGCAUUAUUAUAACUUAAAAAAAAGAGAGAGCCAACGGAAAAAAUUAGAAAGGAAACAAAAAUUGCCUUAAAAGACAAAGACGACAAACCAACACAGCAACCUCACCGUGCAACCUGACCUAACCUUGGCCUAGGCAUAAAAAGCACACACACACGCCAAACAACAACAAUCAUAUAAAACCCUAUAACCUUGAAUUUUUUUUCAUUCAAUUGCAAUCAACGAACGACAAGCAAACAAGCAAGAGCAUCAAAUUCUUGUGAGCUCCAUAAAAAGUGAAACAAUAAAAUGACUGAGGAAACAAAUUGCUUACGGCCCGCAACUGGUGGUGUUCCCGUUCCCGGUGGAGGAGGUGAAUAUGUUUGGACUCAUCGUGAACCCCUAUUGCAUUUACAAAAAUAUACACCGUUCUUUCGCCUAAUUGAUUUUGUCGAAAAAACUCGAACCAAACGUUUCUAUGAACCUGCUGAGCGUUUCGAAAUCCUAAUGUCAGCCUGCAUCUUAAGGCAUCCAGCACCGUUUUGUCAAAAUCGCCGCUUCCCCGAUGACUAUUGGGCCAAUUUGUCUGUGGGCGCUGUGGCCGAUGCGUUUGAUCGACUUAUUGCCUCCUUGGAUAUACCCAGUCCACAGUUGUUGUCCCAAAUGAACGCCCAGGAUUGGGAUACUUGGAAAAAGAAAUUCGAUAUUGCCAUGACAGAUAUAAGACGAUUGUCGUAUUGCUCGGAUUUGGAUAAAUUGGCUGAUAUUGGUAUUUACAAUCGCGCUACAUUUGAGCAACGCUUUAAUAUGCAAUGGCGUGAGUAGGGCAGGGGGGAAAUUAAGCAAGGAGGAUGAAGGGCACGAGGAUUAAUUGAAUAUUAUUUAUGCUGUUGUCCCAUAUGUGGGUCAAGUUUAAGAGAAGAUGGUGCUGACAUAGUAAUAGAUAUAAAGAGAAUGUUUAUAAUGGAUUAAAAAACAACAACAAGAGAGAACAAGAGAGAAACAGAGACAGAGAAAACGGAAGUAUGUUGCUUACACAUUGUUGUCAUAGCCUGCCUAUGUGUGUGUGUGUGUGUGUGCAUGUGUCUUACAUAGGUCUGCAAUACACAAUACUCUGCAACUGCAAAGCUGUCAUUUUAUAAUUGCAUUCCUUAUUUCUACACAUAAUAAAGGGCAAUGGCUUUUAACAUUUUAACAAACUUUUACAUGUUUCGUAAAUUUUAACUUUCUUCCCCAAAAUAAACAUACAAAUCUACUAUACACACGAACGAUACGUAUUAACAUAUAUUAAUAAGAAGAUAUUAUUUUAAAUUAUUAUAAAAUGAAUAUAAACAAUACCUACUAAAUGAUUGUAUAUCACACUAAUCUAAUAUAAUGCUGAAAUGGUGGGUCCAAGGUAGGUUUUGGACUAAUUAAAGUGGUUCUUCAUGAUUGAUAUUUUGAUCAAAUAAAAUAAAAAUAGCUUUAAACCUGUUAGUAUUAAACAUAAAUGUUAAUCAUUAUCAAUAUUGUACAUAGACGCAUAUACAUAGAAAAAAAUAAAUACAAAUGCUAUGUCU